UUUGCAAAAAUGUCCUCCCUCCCUUCCAACUUCCUUGUGGUUUUUACAGUGGUUCUUUCUUCCUGUGCUUCGUUAAUGGCGCAGCUCAACCCUCACUACUAUGAUAAGUUGUGCCCGCAAGCACUGCCAACCAUUAAAACGGUGGUCGAGAGAGCCGUUGCUCGCGAGCCGCGCAUGGGGGCCUCUCUUCUUCGUCUUCAUUUUCAUGACUGCUUUGUUAACGGGUGUGAUGGGUCAAUUCUGCUGGACGAUACGGCAACAUUUACUGGAGAGAAAACUGCAGGGCCAAACAAUAAUUCUGUUAGAGGUUUUGAUGUUGUUGAUCAGAUCAAAGCUGCUGUUGAUAAAGCUUGUCAUGGCAGCAUCGUCUCAUGCGCAGAUAUAUUAGCCGUUGCUGCUCAUGACUCCGUUGUUGCUCUAGGUGGGCAACCAUAUAACGUUCAAGUAGGGAGAAGGGACGCCCUAACGGCUAGUAGAGCAACGGCUAACAAAAACAUUCCCUCUCCUUUUUCAAAUUUUCAAACUCUUCUCUCCAGCUUCCAAUCCCACGGCCUCACUCUCAAAGACCUCAUUCUCCUCUCAGCCUCCCACACCAUUGGCUUCGCGAGAUGCACCACCUUCCGAAGCCGAAUAUACAACGAGACGAAAGCCAUUGAUGCGAGCUUCGCCGCCUCCGUUCGAGCUAGAUGCCCUCCGUCCGGCGGCGACAAUAACCUCUUGCCCUUAGAUCCGUCGGCGAAGGCCUUCGAUACGGCGUAUUUGAAGGAUUUGAUUAACAAGAAAGGGCUUCUUCACUCUGAUCAGCAGCUGUUUAAGGGAGAUGGAAGUUUAGGGGAUGAGUUUGUGAAGUAUUACAGUGAGCAUGGUGUGGAAUUUUGGAGAGAUUUUGGUGUUUCGAUGCUGAGGAUGGGGAGCAUAAGUCCUCUGACAGGGAGAAAUGGAGAGAUAAGGAAGAAUUGCAGAAAGGUGAAUUCUUAAGGGAUUUUUGGGGUUUUAGGAUUGGUGAACUUUGGUUAUCAUUGAGGAAUUUGACUAGGAUUCUAAGAUGUUGUUAAACUAACUCAUAAAGUAAGAGUUUUAGGUCUUUAUGGUUUUUGUUGGUUGAGAAAUCAGUGAAGUGCAAUUUGUUUUAUCUUUAUUUGUUUAGUUUGGAAUUUGGGUAGCACUAUGGUUAGUGUAUUUUAAGGGCAUGUUUAGCUUAAUUAGGAUUUAGAAGAUCCUUAAAGGAUUUGGGGGAUGU